AUGCAGUGUGAUAUAGGACUAGAAAUUUAUCAAAAAGUAGAAAAGAACGAUAAUUUGUCAUUUGAUAUACCGUCCGAAUCCGAAGAUGAAAGUUCUAAUUCUGAGAUUAACUCUGAUGAUAAUAGCCAAUAUGAAUAUAAUCGACAUUACAAAAACAAUUUAUCUCCGCAAAAUGAUUUUGAUGAUAAUCGUUGUUUUGCUGUAUUUUGGGAAAAUUUAUCCCAACUUUUCAAAUAUUGUCGUCAAUGUGGUAGUAGGGUUUGUUCUCGACAACAUUUUACACAAGGUGCACAGGUCUCAAUUAUAACUAUAUGUGAACAGGCCCAUAAAUUGCAAUGGUGUUCACAGCCAAAAGCAGGUAAGAGACCAGAAGGGAACAUUUUGAUUACUGCAGCUUUAGUACUAUCUGGUAUUCUAUUUUCCCAAUUUAAAGUAUUUUGUUUAGCAUUGAAACUUUCAAUUUUUACUCGUCCAGUUUAUGACAGAAUUAUUAAUAAAUACUUGUUUCCUGUAAUAUACCACCAAUGGGAAGAACACAGAAAAAAAAACAUCGACGCUAUAAAGCUAUCAUCAAUUUGGCUAGCUGGGGAUGGCCAAUUUGAUUCGCCGGGUUUUUGUGCUAAGUAUUGUACUUAUUCAGUUAUGGAUAUCAACACGGGAAAAAUCAUGGAUUUUAAGUUAGUUCAAAAGAGCCAAUUUAAAAGUGAUUUAGAAAGGCAAGCCUGUGAACAAUUACUAAUGGAUUUAACUAAUAGUAGUAAUUGUAAAAUCGAGUUGUUUUUAACAGAUAGACAUAAAGGUAUACGUGCAUUUAUCCAUACACAGCAUCCAAAUAUUAAACAUGAAUUCGAUACUUGGCAUUUAAGUAAGAGUUUAAUGGAAAGAUUAAAGCCAUUCGAAAAGAAAUAUCCUGGUGUUUUUUUACGGAAAUCGUCAAUUAACAAUCAUCUUUGGUGGUCAGCGCAGACAUGUGAAAGAGAUGAAGAAAAAUUUAUUGAUAAAUUUACAUCUAUAUUAAAACACAUAUCAAAUGAGCAUGAGUGGGAAGAUAAUGGUGAAAAAAGAGAUAUGAACAUGAAAAAUUAA